AUGGCGACGGGAGCUGAGCAAUUCGCCGACAAUUUCCAAGCAGAAUAUGAUGCACUGGAACUUCCUGUUCGUUUAGAUAACCUAGCUGCAUUAUGGACGGAGUUUAACUCAGUGCAGUCCGAAUUGGAGGUUUUGGAAGACGUGGAUGCGUAUCUGAAGGAUCGCACCGAGUUCAACAGAUGCUAUUACCGCACUAAAGUGCAUACAGGAAUCACGAAUUGUAUAAAAAAUGAUAACGUUAGUCGCAGAGUUCUACUAGCCACAGCAGUUGUCCUGUUAGUAGAUGAUAAUGGUGGUGAGUUUCCUGUUAGAGCCUUACUGGACUCUGGAAGCGAGUGUUGCUUCGUUACGGAACGUGUGAGUCAGCGGAUGCACAUAAAACGCAGAAAGGUGAAUUUACCAAUAGCAGGAAUAGGUCGAUCCUCAACGCAAGUACGUUUCAUGUUCCGGUCGAUGCUCAAAUCCCGACAUAGCGAUUAUUCUGCUGAGAUUGAUCUAUAUGUUCUUCCUCGGGUUACUGUAGACUUGCCUAGUGUCUCAGUAGACGUAUCAACAUGGGACAUUCCAAACGGAAUUCAAUUAGCUGAUCCCUCGUUCUACAAACCGAGUAACAUUGAUGUUAUUAUAGGGGCAGAGCUAUUCUUCGAUAUUUUCAACCCGUCGAAACGUAUAUUAUUGGGAAAUUCAUUACCAUGGUUAAUAAACUCGAAGGUUGGCUGGAUCGUCUCCGGCAACACACAUCAGAAGUACACAAAUAUCCCAUUUGCAUGUAACAUUGCUACUACAUCAGAUCUGCACCGUGAUAUGGAGCGUUUUUGGUCCAUCGAAGAUGAUUCGAUGAAGGCAUUCUCACCUCAAGAAACAGCGUGUGAAAAUUAUUUCGCGGACACGACAUCUCGUGAACCAGAUGGUCGAUACACGGUUCGCCUUCCUUUCAAAAAGGAAUUUGUGCACAACCUUGGAGAUAAUAAACAAACCGCUCUUCGCCGUUUUCGGCACAUUGAAAGCCGCUUCAAUCGAAAUCCAACUCUUGCCAAGGAAUACCGAGAUUUCGUGGACGAGUAUUUAAGACUCGGUCAUAUGCAACAAAUUGAGAAAGUUCAAACUACUACACCAUCUUCAUUCUUUCUUCCACAUCAUCCGGUCAUCCGUGAAGACCACACAACGACCAAGGUUCGCGUCGUGUUCGACGCAUCGUGCAAGAGUGCAACUGGUUUGUCAUUGAAUGACAUCCUGGAAGUUGGACCAGUAAUCCAGGACGAUCUACGCUCAAUUGUUAUGAGAUCGCGGUUGCAUUCUUUUUUACUGAUUGCAGACAUAACAAAAAUGUUUCGUCAGAUAAAUCUCCACCAUAAAGACACACCUUACCAAAGGAUAUUUUGGCGUUCCUCAUCAUCGGAGCCAGUUCGAAUGUAUGAAUUAAAAACCGUCACAUAUGGCACUGCAUCAGCCCCAUAUCUUGCCACUCGUGUACUCAAACAGUUGGCGAAGGACGAGGAACAAAAUUAUCCACUUGCAUCCAGAGCCACACUGGUUGACUUUUACAUGGAUGAUUUCGUUUCUGGUACAAGCACUAUAUACGAGGCAAUCGAACUCCAUAACCAGAUGGAUUCCAUGUUCAAAUCUGCUGGCAUGCAACUCCGAAAAUGGGCAUGCAACUCAUCGGAAAUUUUAAAGCAUAUUCCUGAAAACAAUCGAGCAUUAGAAUCAUCUGUUGGCCUUGAUAAGGACAAGUCGAUCAAAACAUUGGGUUUGCAUUGGGAACCCAUGACUGAUAGAUUGAAAUACAUGAUACAACUGGAGCCCGACGAUGUUACACAGCCAAUAACGAAACGUACAACGCUUUCUUGCAUUGCGCGGAUAUUUGAUCCGUUAGGAUUAGUCGGCCCGGUGGUGGUUACUGCAAAAAUAUUCAUGCAGAUUUUAUGGAGUCUGAGAGAGGAAAAUGGAAAGGUAUACGACUGGGAUUGCGAAUUGCCCACAGACAUUAAAAAUCAAUGGAAUACAUUCUACAUGCAAUUGGAUCGUCUUAACGAAUUGCGUAUCGAACGACAAGUGAUACUUCCGGAUGCAACUUCUAUCGAAAUGCAUAUUUCCUCUGACGCUUCUGAGCACGCUUACGGAGCGUGCGUAUACUUACGCACAGCAAACAGUUUAGGCGAAAUCAAGGUUGCACUUCUUACGUCACGUUCCAAGGUGUCGCUACUGAAACAAUUAAGUAUCCCACGCUUGGAAUUGUGUGCAGCUUUGAUUGCCGCUGAAUUGCAUCAAAAGGUAUUGGAUUCCUUACGUCUGGAAAUAGUGACCAAUUUCUGGGUCGAUUCAACGACUGUGUUGAGUUGGUUAAAAUGUACUCCUUCUACAUGGACCACCUUUGUGGCCAAUAGGGUCUCCAAAAUCCAACAUGCCACUCCCAACUGCAAGUGGAGUCAUGUUGCUGGCAGCGAAAACCCUGCUGAUAUUAUUUCGAGGGGACUCUCGACGACGGAGUUGAUCACUAGUAGGCUCUGGUGGGAAGGUCCUCAGUGGUUAGUACAAGACAGAAAAUUCUGGCCUGUGCAAAAACCUAUAGGUCUUGGUGAUUCACAAAUAUCCGCCGAAAUCAGAAAGUCCACACAUUCUGCUGCUGUGGAACAACAAUCGUUCGCCGAAACAUACAUCUCAAGGUUCUCCAACUAA